CAAACCCUCUUCUGUCUUUAUCUCUGCGCCUAAAACCCAUUCUCGUUUCUCCAAUUUCACAAUUUAAGCCCUGGGGUUCCAAUUUUCGGAAACGAUGGAUCUUGAAUUGGUGAUGAAGGGUUUAGAUUUUUCCAGGAGAAAAAAGAAAUUGCUGAUUUUUCUAGCUGUGUCUGGUCUGUCUGGCUAUGGGGUUUAUAAGGUGUAUAAUUUGCCUGCUGUGGUAAGAAAAAGGAGGAAAUUUAUGAGACUUAUGGAGGCUUUUAUUUCUAUUGCUGAAAUGGUUUCCGAUUCCGCAGAGACUAUCAGUAUUGUCUCUAAGGAUUUGAAGGAGUUUUUGCAAUCUGAUGCGGAUAAAAUCCCCAAUAGUUUAAAGCAAAUUUCGAAGAUUGCGAAAUCGGAUGAGUUUUCCGAGUCUUUGAUUGGGGUUACUCAGGCUUUGACUCUUGGGGUUCUGCGAGGGUAUAAUUUGGAGUCUGGAAAUGAUAAGAAGUUAGGGUCAGGUUAUGGGAAUUCGAGUUUUUCUGAUAAAGUGAUGGAGAGGUUGUUUUCUAGUAAAGGGACCGGAUUUGUUUCUGUUGUGGUCGGUAGUUUUGCUAGGAAUUUGGUUUUGGGGCUUUAUUCGAGUGGUGAGGAUCAAUCAAGAUCGAGUUUAUCAGAUGUGCCUGGAUGGAUUGGUGUGGUUUGUGAUGAUAGGUGUAGGGAGCUCAUUGCUGAUUGCAUACAAAAGUUCGUGAGCACGGCGGUUGCUGUUUAUCUUGAUAAGACAUUGCAGAUCAAUACUUAUGACGACUUUUUCACUGGCUUGGCAAAUCCAAAGCAUCAAAACAAUGUGAGGGACGUUCUGGUUUCUAUCUGUAAUGGAGCUGUGGAAACACUAGUGAAAACAUCUCACCAAGUGUUGACCACCAGUUCGACUGCAAAGUCGGGUUCUGCUUAUUCAAUUGUUGAGCAGGGUGAAGAAUUGGGUGUGAACAAAGAUGAUUAUCUCAAGCGGGAAGCAUGUAUGAAAGAUAGGAAGUCUUUUGAUGAGGUUCAGAAUGGUGGAUGGGUUGGCAAGGUUUCAUCUGCUUUGUCAGUGCCAAGCAAUAGGAAGUUUGUGCUGGAUGUGACCGGGAGGGUUACAUUUGAAACGAUAAGGUCCAUUGUGGAGUUCAUGCUGUGGAAGAUGUCGGAUGGGGUGAAAAGAAGUCUUAAUGUGGUUCAGGAAGAGGUUGUCGACAGGGGACUUGAAGUAGUCACAUAUGUUGGGGCUAAGUCCUCUGUUAUCGUUACCGUAUGCCUUGCCUUGUAUUUACAUGUUCUGGGUGACUCUAGGGUUCUCUUAACUGCCUAAAUUCACAGGGCUCUUCCUUCCCCGUGAAGCAGCUAGAGAGGUCUUGCAUGUAUAUAUCCAUGUAUCACUUGGUUAAAAUGAUUUUAAAGUGCGUAUCCUCAUUGUAAACAUUCAAGUCUUAUUCAUGGAAUUGCUCUUCUUCUUCUUUUUAAGGAAAAAAAAAUUCAGAUUUGAUGCAUAAAAA